AUGACCAACUCCAAUGGAACGAGCUUCUCGCAACCCGUGCACUGCUAUCAUUCGCGCGACGUGAUGUCCACUCUGCCCUCGAAUAUCAACUACUACAACCAGGUACCGCUGUACCAAACGCAAAACCCACACCGAGACAUGGAGGCAAUUUUACAAUCGUGCUGUUCCAAUGGCGUAUGGAUCUACGAGGACCCGGACCCCUGCACGGCGGUCUGUCGCUCGUCUUCUUCAGCAGAGACGAAGAAGGUCAUGUAUUGCUUGAAUGCCGAGGGCGUCAUGCAUGGGAGCAGCGCGGAAUAUAGAUCGGGGGCGAUGCAAAUCCCAGGGCCGACCCUGCGAUGCUCUCUGAUGUCUUUAGUGGUUGGAGGUUUGCUCCUUUCGGUGCUUUGA